CACUGCUCCUCUGUCCUAACCAGUAACUGUGCAAUCUGCGCUUUGCUGCUCACAUACACUGGGAAGCAGCAGGGCAGAAGAUGAGCACUCUACAGUGGCAAGGCUUUGACUUUUCACAGCUCAGAAGGAGAUGAAGGAUUAAUGACAAAGAACCUGGUUAAGCCACCCGUCAACCAGCAACAGAAAGUAACCUCCUGCCAGCUACACAGAUCAAUAUUUUUUUAGUAGCCAAGCAGAAUGGACAUAUAUUAUUGAAACAGAAAAUGUGUACGACACUAUGUACAGAAGAGUACAGUAGAGGACUCUGACGUCAAGCCAAGGAUGUACAUACCAGUACCUCUGCUCUUCUAUGCAUUACUGAGUACAGCCCUGUGGAUAAAUCCUUGUUGCACCAACCUGCGAUGUGAGCAGCCCCUGUAGACUACACAAGCACGUGUCAUAGUCGCAAAAUCCAGCAGAGUUGGAAAUUUUCACUUGCAAAAUGCAAACACAAUAUAUAGCGUCUGAGCAGAACAUAAUUGCAGGAGGCAAUGCCAAGAUCUACCAAUUAAAUCUAGAGCUAAAAUUAUCAACAUCCUGUUCACCCGCCUAAAGGAAGCAAUGAAUUCCUCUGCUCGUAAUCUGGAGUAUAACUAUUCUCUACUAGACUUCACCAUAAAGGGCAAUCUGUCUGUGCAUAUAUUUGGAAAUUACAGCAAGGAGCUGGAUGUGGAGGAGCUUCAGAAAAUGUUAUUUAUGUUUGUUAAAGAACCUAUUACCAUAAGCCUCACUGCCAUGUAUAUCCUGUCUUUUGUUAUAGGUAUAAUUGGCAAUACAAUGGCUAUUAAAGUGCUGACUGGGAAACGGACAGGUAGGACAUCCAGUUUGAGCGCUACCAGAAGUCUACUUAUCAAUCUGGCCAUUUGUGACCUCAUGGUGGUUUGUGUGUGUAUGCCCAUCACAGUUGGCAACUUGAUCUACAAGGCCUGGGUAUAUGGUGAUUUCCUCUGUAGGGCAGUGCCCUUCAUCCAAGCCGUAUCUGUUUCAGCCAGCGUACUUAGCCUUACAGUCAUUAGCAUUAACAGGUACUAUAAUGUACACAACCCAUUAAACGCUAGAUCUUUUUUUACCCAGAAGAAAAUAUAUGGCACCAUUGUUGUGGUGUGGGUAUUAUCCUCCAGCAUCUGCUUGCCUUUGAUAUUCAUGAAUAAAACAGAUGAAAUAGAGAUAGUGCCAGGAUUACCUUUAGUAUUUCCUAUAUGUACAGAGAUUUGGCCACAUGUUAUGUUCAAACAGGCCUACAAUUUCCUUUUGUUCUGCGCUUUGUAUUGCUUGCCUGUCCUCUUCAACUUGGUUAUUUGCUUCUUUACCAUUCGGAAAUUAUGGAGAUCCUCUGGGAAUUUCAAAGAGUGUGACUCUAGAAACCAGUCUUUGCCAGUGUCCCGACUUAAGGUGAGGAAAAAAAUUGCCAAAAUGGUGGUGACCUUGGUGUCACUUUUUGCAGUUUCUUGGCUUCCAGUGUACAUGUUGGAUAUUUGGAUUGAUUUUAACAUCCCAAAACCAUCUCAAGAUGUUACACCUUCAGCUUGGAUUCUUCAGUUGAGACCAUUUGCUCAGUGGCUUGGACUCAAUAACUCCAGCCUUAAUCCAAUAUGUUAUUGUUUUGUGGGAGAUCUCUACCGGUCAGCCAAGCACAUGAAGAGCAUGUAUCACAACAGGAUGGUUUCUCUUUUCAGCUUUUCAUUUUCAGAUGGCUCUCCACCAUCAAUACCAAAACUACUGUCUUACAAGAACUCUUUACAUUCCACCAAAAGGUCCAAACUGAACUGCCCUUUGGCAGUCGGGGGGGAGUGUGAAAACUGCUAUCCUGCUAUCAUUUCAAGUGAAACAUCUACCAUAACAAACCACCCACUGUCCUAGGAACUGAUACUGUAUAAUACAUAUGUGAAUAUUCAAUGAUCCUUCAAUAUGUAAUGAUGUAUUGUACAAUAAAUUCCACAACUGACUACCAUUUGUAUAGUAGGUCCAGGGAUGGAAUAAAGAUAUUCUGUUGUCAAUAUAUUGACUGCUUCGCCUAUUGUAGGUCAACUAGAAUAAGUGAUUUCUCCACCAACAGUUCCUCUGAGAUGUUAAAUGGUGUUAUUCAAAAUGGUUUACUGGUUACAUUCGUAGAACAAAAAAAAAAGGGGGAGGGGGGCAAUUUAAUAUUUAUUAAAAAUUAUAACCAAUACAUUCUUCUGUUUGUCCAUGUUCUAACAAGUAAACAUCUAGAAUUCCAGGACUGUUUUUGGCAUACUAUAAGAAGACAUUUUAUAUGAGUAUAAGAAAGAAGGUUUUUACAUAAAAACUAGUAAUCAUUACACAUUGGUGUAUUCAGGAGACCUAGGGCCUUAUAAAGGUCCUGACGGACCUGCAGUGCAUAUCGCAAAAUACUGUGACUGCGACAGCGGACGCAAGCAGGCAUCAGACUGUCAGUGGUGAACAGCCUGAUGUCGUUGGGGGCGGAGAUGGGGUGGCAAUGGCCUCUUUUUCUUAAAACGUAGGUGUGUCACCUACGUUGUUGGAGAGGGAUAAGGCCUCUUGGUAGCUCCUGUGGUGGCCGGCUUGCACAAUCCCACGGGGUCACAAAAAUGGCACUGUGCCACUCAAGGAGGAGUGGUUAUGUUAUCCUGGGGGAGUAGCUGUGCCUCCCUGGAAGGACCUUGCCCACAUACAGGCCCCGGAUUUGCUACUUUUCCCUUGCUCCACCCCUUAUCUGUGCCUCUGCCCUUCACUAUAAACUUUUAUCCCCAAAUUGUAGAACCUAAAAAGUCUGACUCGGAUCCCAAUUUAUGAGCAAAUCCCUGACUCUAAUCCUAAUUUAUUAUUCAUUUAAAGAAAACAAUAUUUUAUGUAUCUCUUUUACAUUAGAGGGUGAGCUGUACCAAUAUACCAAUUUAUAUGUAGCAGCAGGUGUUUCCCAAUAUGCCCUCUGUACGUUCUGCUUUGUACCACCUCUAAACUAUAAGUAAUAUAUUGUGCCCCCCAAUCUCUAUUGUUUUCCCCACAAUCUGCAUAUCUUGCAUUGUGUCCUUCCUCGCCUGUUUGAUCUGUAUUAUGUUCUAUAUUCCAUCUCCAUAAAAACUGUAUGUUCCGUAAUGUGCCUGUGAAACUUCCCUCCUCUCAUCUGUAUGACCUAGAGUGUACACCCUAACUUUCUAUGCUUUUGUAUUGUGCCAACCCCCAUCUCUAUAGCCUGUACUGUGCUGCCCACCACCCAUCUGCAUGGGUUGUAUUGUCCACCCUCCCCCAUCAUAGUCUAUUUGCUUUGACUGUGCUCUCAACAUUGCCCCUCCCCCCCACACUGUGCGCACACAAACACAUGCAUAUUAAGUUACAUCAUGCAUUCCACCCUCCAAAUCUGUCUGCCUCCACUCCGCAGUCCCCCCCAGUCCUUCACAGCGCUGAUGCUUGCGGCACUUCCAGUCUCAGGCAGGCAGCAUUGCAACAUCAUUACAUCACGUUCACAACAUUGCCAGGACCUCAGGAUUGGUUAAUGUUGGGUCCGACAUAGACGCUAAUUUAAAGGUUGGGGAAGCAGUUGGUGCAUCAACACCCCAACCCCCCACCCCUGGUUAAGCCACUGAGUAGCAACAUUGCUCCUUAAGACUAUGCUUAUUUAGUGCUCUCUUAUUUAGUACUCUCGCUUAUUUAGUACUCAGCCUAAAAAGAAUCCAGGUAUUUAAUAAAAUGUAGGCAUUCUAUAACUUGCCUGGAUUUUAUACUUUGCUAGUAUUAUGAACAAUACUAUUUGGAUUGUUUUCUAAUAAUAUAUAUAUUAAAAGUGUAAUGUAUGCAAAAUAUACAGCAUUUUCACAUAAUUCUCCCAUAUUCUAUACUAUUUAGGCCUUUAUAUCUAGUGUAAAACAUGACUUUAACUAAUAAGCUGCUGGAUCUCAGCUGCCCUCCCCAAUUAUGUUAUAUUAUAGGUUAUUUAUUGGGGUGGAGCUUAUGGAAAUUCGUUUAGAGUUAAAAAACUGGUGGCUUUGUUAUCUCUUAACAAACAUCUGAUUGACUGCCGUGGAUACCACCAAAUAUUUAUGUUGUGCGAUGGAAAAACAGUAUUUUAAUAUAUCAGGUAUAUUUAUUCCUAUGUAUAUGCUAUUCCGGGUAUUUUGGUCAAUUUGUAAUAAUCAAAAUUUGUGGAGGAUUUUUUUUAUGAAAGUCAUAAGAUCACCUUUUUAUAAUGGCCAUGACAAUGUUAACAUGUUGUAAAAUGUGUUAUAAGUGUGUUACAAAUAAGUUGUAUUACUGUAUUUUUAACUUUCUGUUUUAUUUGCCGAUACAGAAACAUUGUAUAUAAAAUGUAAGAAAUGUUAGAGCUACUGUAAGGAGAAAUGUGAGAGCGAACUCUGGGGCUGAUUCAAUGUGAUUGGAGUGGCUAUUGCUUCCUUGGAAGCAGCAGUGAUAGCUCUGUAUGUAAGUGCAGCAGGAGGCAUCUAUUAAAAGCAGAUGCCUCCUGCUGCAGCAUACCUCCCAACAUUGUUAAAAAUGAAGUCGGGACUUCAGCGUGGUGAAGCCGUGCCUGCCCCGAAAGGGGGUGUGGUCUCACAAAGGGGGCGUGGUUUGCAAAUGUGACAUCCCACAAAACCACAACCCCUUUUCACAGGACCAUGCCCCCUUUCGGGCCCACGAAUUCGUCAGUGAGGGGGCAUGCCCAGUGCUCUGUGAGCUGCUGGCAUGCCUCCAGUACCUCUGACUCCAGAGAAUAGGCGCAUGCACACAGCAUCUAUUCAACGCUGCCACCCCACCGCAGGAUACUGCGGCCCGCGGGUGGGACAGCGGGAAAGUGACCAAAAAAUGGGGCUGUCCCCCCAAAAUCAGGACACUUGGGAGGUAUGCUGCAAUAGUGAUUUGAGCUGCCUCCUUGGACACAGCAUCAAAUCACUGCGACACCAUGGGACAGCUUGCGACACCCAUGGGGUUGCUCAAGCCGCCUGUUGCAGAUCCUCAUAAGAGGCCAGAAAAUCUCUGUCCAAUGACGGAUAUCCUGGCCACUUCUUCUUUCACAAACGGAGGCUGUCACCGCCCCCAAACAGCAUCAGACUGUCAAUCACUAUCAUUCUGCUGCCGUACUGUGUCCUGUGUCACAGAACUCAUUUGCACACAUGCAGAAUGUGUCCUGCGCAAGUACAAAGUGGAAAGCAUUGGUACUUUGCGCAUCAGGACGCAGACUGCAUGUGAAUUAGCCCCACUGAGAGAAGGGAGUACGUAGGAGAUGUUGGCGAAGAUGUAUGAAAUAUUCUUAAAAGACAAGUGGAGGUGAUGCUCAUAGCAACCAAUCAGAUUCUAGCUAUCAUGUUAUAGAAUAUAAAAAAUAAAUGAUAGCUGUAAUCUGAUUGAUUGCUAUCGGCAACAUCUCAACUUUUCCUCUCCCCCUUAAAGUAAUUACACAUUUCUGGAAAAGGCACUUAAGUACAUACGAGUGUAACAUGUCAGUAUGGCCCUGAGACAAUUUAUGCUAUUCAUUUGUAUUUUUCAUAA